GUUCUAGGUCUCAUACAAUUCAAUUCUCAUUCCUGUUUGAAAUCCCCUUCCAUAAACCAAUCAUGAUAUUUGUACACUUUUUCUAUCAUGCCCUGUCCGACUGGCAAAGGUCGAAAUAGACCGAGGGCGAAUUUUCUGAUUCUCUCCAAUGGCUACAGCUCGUGAGAGCCCAUUCCAAUUAGAUCGAAGCGCAGCUUCAACCGAGAUCUUCAGUUGCCGCGACCUAUCUGUUCUCCAAAUGCCUGGUUACUCUUUACCGGGACCACCACAGCAAACCGACUCCAAGACUGCAAAACCAAUACCGUGCCAUUUCCAUCGCCCAUGACUCCAAGGCGCCUGUAUCAAAAACGAAAGAAAAAAGGAAGAAGAAAAAUAACUCGCGAAGCGGAAUUCCAUGCUGAAAUAUUGAAAAACCAGACAAUUGCAGACAUAACCUGCCAGAUAUCAAACAAUGAGAAUGGUGAUGCAAUGUAGCCGAGACAAUACGUCCUCUGGACCUAAUGCUUCCAAGUCGCAGCUAACAAUGCAGAAUCUAGCACCGCUUGGUGCAGCACACAAGUAGAGCGACAAAUUAUAGUGUGAUCAUGUUCACUAUUGCUGAACAAUUAGGUCAUGGCGUAGUCCAACGUGAUAGUCGUAUCCCAAUUCCGGAAGAGAUUCGCAAUAAUCAAAACGUCCAGUGAAAAAAAAAAAAAAAAAGAUAUGCGAAUGACAGCCAACGUCGUCAUGAUC